AUGCGUCUCGCAAGCAUUGUCAGCGGUUUAUCCGCUAUUAGCGGAGUCUUGGCUACUGCUAUCGAACCAGAGGAUUUUAACGUGACCAACGCACUGCAAAAUCUGGGAGUGGAUGUGACCAAAAUCCCGGCUCUAGCAUCUGGCAUUCAAUCGCGCUCGAUAGAGCUGGGUUGCUCUACAGCGUGCUCAAGCUUGGCCUUCCUUUUCGGCUCAAAAGUAUCAACUCACAACAGCACCGGAUACAAUAGCUUCACUGGAUCCUUUUGGUCCGUCCAGCAAGAAGAAGUCCAGCCUCAUUGUGUCUUCCGGCCUUCCGUGAACACCGAAGUCAGCACUGCCGUCUUGAUCUCUCGUCUCACUGGCUGUCAGUUUGCUGCUCGAAGUGGUGGCCAUGCUGCUUUCACGGGUGCUUCUAGUAGCCCUGGAGGUAUUAGCAUUUGGCUCAAAGACAUGAACGAGGUCACCCUAAACGAGGACAAAUCAGUUGCCUCUGUUGGACCCGGAAACAACUGGCUGUCCGUUUACUCUGCCCUAGAGCCAUACGGCCUCGCUACUAUCGGUGGCCGCGCUUCUAGUAUUGGAGUUGGUGGCUUUAUUCUGGGUGGUGGUAUCUCAUACCACUCCAACCUUUACGGGUGGGCUUGCGACAAUGUCGAAAGCUUCGAGGUUGUUACUGCAAGCGGUUUGAUUCUCACUGUUAGUGAGAAAUUGUACCCCGAACUGUAUUGGGCCUUGCGAGGCGGCGGCAACAACUUUGGUCUUGUCACCAAGUACAACCUCUUCACUAUUCCUGCCCCUCAGAUGUACGGUGGAGCGAGGAUCUUUCAGGAGACUGAGUUCCCUGAAGUUAUCAAUGCCUGGAUCAAUGUCAUCAACAACGCCACUGUCGAUGGUCAUGCCCAGCAAUAUGUGGCAUUCCUCCAAUCCAGCGGAAUGAAGCUUGGUACGGCAGAGCUCACUUACACCAAGAAUGAGUCCGAUCCCGAAAUCUUCAAACAGUUCCGAAGCAUUCCAGCCAUCUCCGACACCUCCAGCUCAAAGUCCCUCGUCGAGUAUGUGAAGUACUUGGAGACCGAGAACCCAUCCGGCCAUCGUGAAGUUUACUGGCCAAUCAGCGUCCAGCUCAACGAAGAAUUCUCCAAUUGGGCUCUGGACACUUUCUUUGCGAUGGUUCCUCAAGUCGCCGAUGUCGCCGGGGUCCAACCAGUCAUCAUCUACCAAGGCAUCACUGAGCCAAUGCUUAAGAAUAUGGCGAAUCACGGUGGUAAUGCACUGGGCCUCGACGCUUCCAAAGGACCUGUUCAUCUGAUGCACAUUGCCUGCUGGUGGAGCGAUGAAUCCGACGACGAUGUCGUUUACGCAUUUGUCAACAGCUUCUGGGAAAAGGUGAUUGCACACGCCAAGAGCACUGGUGUCUUCAACGAGUACAUCUACAUGAACUACGCCAGUAUGUUCCAAGACCCGAUCGCAGGAUACGGCAAUUCAAACAAAGCUCUUUUGAAGAAGAUUGCGAAGGAGUUUGAUCCAAAGCAGGUCUACCAGAAUCUCCAGCCUGGAUACUUCAAGCUCGAUGGUGCUCCUGUCACUGGAGACUUUUGA